AAUAUAAUAUUUGGGGCCUAAGGAAAGGGCUUCACCUGCCAUACCCUAGGGCGGCCCUUGAUCACUAGCUGCGACGAGGACGGACGAUUGCUGUUCUUCUGCCACCUACUAAUCGCCGCGACGGAAGGUGUGGAAUGAUUGGCUUCUCACUUCUAUAAACGAGAGUAACCGAAAUACCCUGUGAACUGCACUGAACCGGGUUUCCUAGAUCCUGUUUUAUUUCUCCACAUCUAGCUCGAUCUCUGUUGUUAAUUCACUCAAUUUUAGCACCUGUCUCGACAGCUCCACUCAGAAUACUAUGGAUUCACAAAGCCAGAAUACUUCAUUGCAGCGGCUGCAAAAUGUUGAGAAGAGGAUAGUUAGAGUUCUGGAGCUAGCAGGAGGUGUAAUGGAUGAAAUGGCAAAUCCAAGUGGUCCCAGGAAGGAGCUUAUUAAUAACCAUUGCAGUGAGUUUAUGCAAUUAAUCAAGGACAUCCAGGUCACACUCCGAGAAGAAAUCAAAAGUGCAUGUGAAUAUCGUCCUUUUGAGAAGUGUGACUAUGUACCAAGAAUAUCAAACGAGAUCUGUUGCAAGAAACUAGAAUAUGUCAUUUCUCAGUUUGAUGAUAUGAAGCGAACAAUUGAGGGGUAUCAUGCUGCAGCGGUAGACCAUAUGGCCCUAGAUUAUUGAAAAUUUCUUCAAGCUGAUGUUACAUAGGUCUGUAAAAAACUUAGGCUUUUCUUUAUUUGGAAGAGAUGAUAAGGAAUGGAUAUCCCAAAAAGCAAGAGGUACUUGAAAUGUCAGUGAGAAGCUGUUAUUUAAAAUUUCGUUUAGCUUACCAUGGUCUUGAUCAUUCGGUAAGCAAUGAUGAGUUUGAAGUACUUGUGCCGAGGGUUUAUUAGUUUCAGCAUCUCUACCUCCUCAAGGUAGGGGUAUGGUUGCGUACAUACUACCCUUCUCAGAUUACACUGGUUUGGUGUUGUUGUUGUUAACUUGUUAUUGGGUUCGUGGAUCAAGACUUCUCUUUGAAAUCAUUCUUAUAUGUCCCUGUAAUGCCGGAUCCAUAUCUUAUUCAAUCAAAACUAAGUUCAAUAUGUGCGGUUGAAAUGUAGGCAUGAAACAUUGGUGCUCACUUGUUUUUUGUUUAUGUUGCAAAAUUGCUCUA